GGCGCGUUUUAGGGCAGACCGUGUCUGACUACGGAUCCCGACAAGAACCUCCAUAAUCGCGUCUCGUUAGAUGCUUCCAGUCAACUCGCGACGCCAGCCAUGUCCGCCUCAAACGAGUCAUUCUACUUGCGCUACUACUCCGGCCAUUCGGGUCGCUUUGGUCACGAAUUCCUAGAGUUUGAUUUCCGCGUCGUUGGCGAUGGUCGUAGUGCGACUGCCCGCUAUGCGAACAACUCUAACUAUCGAAAUGACAGCCUGAUCCGGAAAGAGAUGUAUGUCAGCUCGCUAGUCGUCGACGAGAUCAAGCGAAUCAUCAAGCAAAGCGAGAUCAUGAAGGAAGAUGAUGGGAAGUGGCCCACCAAGAACAAGGACGGAAAGCAAGAGCUUGAAAUCCGGCUGGGAAACGACCACAUCUCUUUCGAGGCAACUAAAAUCGGCUCAAUCAAUGAUGUGACGGAAUCUGCGGACCCCGAGGGCUUGCGAGUUUUCUACUAUCUCGUGCAGGACCUGAAGGCCCUUGUCUUUAGUCUCAUUGCCCUUCACUUCAAGAUCAAGCCCAUUUGAUCAUGUAUGCGCCGUUUACGAAUAUUGUGAUACCCUUGAUGGGAGUCCUGGCUUGGGGAUAUGGGGCCGGCUUAGAGGCUGUAAGUUAUGAUAUUGUAGGGGGCGAGGCGGCCUUCCGAGAGGCGGCCAUUCCGGGAGGCCGUCUCGGGAGGCCAUCUCGGGCGGCCUAUCUAAUCCGGGGAUAGGCUGACAGGAUCCGGUACAUGGC